AUGGGUCGUUCAAAAGAGCUUACCCCAGCGCUUCGCGAGCGUAUAUGUGAGCUACACGAUAUUGGAUGGGGAUAUAAGCGUAUUCACGGUCGAUACCCAUGGAUUGCGCUAUCAACUAUCGCAUAUACGAUUAAGAAAGAGCCUCAGCGGAAGAUGGGUAUAUCGAAGCCUCGCUCUGGCCGCCCGAAGAAGCUUAAUGAUGAGGAUAAAGCCCGAAUCCUCGAGGUUAUCAGUGAGCAACCCCGAGUGACCUACGAGGACCUACUUUCUGAGGUAUCUUAUAAGGUUAAGAAGGACUCAAUUCGACGGCUAUUAAACGCUGAGAAUAUGCGAAAAUGGCGCUGUGCCUGGAGGCCUUAUCUUGAUGAGGAACGCGCUGCAAAACGUCUACAGUGGGCUCAUCGUUAUCGGCACUUCUUACCUACUGAUUGGGCCCGUGUUUACUGGUCUGAUGAGUGUACUGUUGAGCGAGGAAUUGGGAUACGUCGAGAUUGGACCUUUAUACGUCCUCGAGAUCAAUGUAAAGAGCGCGAGGUUCAUGGUUUACCACACCGAGGCUUCCAGGUUAAACAGAUGUUUUGGGCUGCUUUCUCUGCUACACGACGAACAGGUUUAAUACCUCUAUUCGGUGAUCCUGAAUCUGAACGUGGUGGUAUAAAUCGAUUUGUGAUUGAAGAGCUAUAUCGUCGGGUUCUUCCUACGUUACUACCAACUGAGGGUGGCAUUUUUAUGCAUGAUAACGCACCUACACAUACUGCGUAUAUUGUACGCGAUGCAUUGGAAGAACUAGCGAUCGAGGUAAUAGUCUGGCCACCUCAUUCGCCUGACCUUAACCCUAUUGAAAACCUAUGGGCCCUUCUCAAAGCAGAAAUCUAUAAGCUCCGACCAGAUCUUAUGCAUAUGAAGAACAACAAUGAGACCAAGCGAAUCUUAGUGGAAACUGCGCAGAUUGCAUGGCAAAAUAUCGAUAUGAAGCACUUAGAACACCUUUCUGAGACUAUGCCUAAUCGGGUACAGGCAAUUAUUGAUUCAGAAGGGUGGUACACGCCUUACUAG